GGUGUGGUAAUCGUUCUGUGUGAAUUGCAUCGAAUCUAGUCAAUUUGGCGGCUUUUGUGUCGUUUUGGAUGUAAAUAAGCGAAAUGGCCGUCUUAAUAUUAUAAAAGAACGACAAGUCUGCUCACCCUCACAGGCGGCCGGAGGAUUUGUGUAGUGUUAUUACAUCAGGCCUUUACAAAUUAUCUGGGAAGAGAGUGAAACGCUUGGAGGACCAUGAGUGAGCUGGAGCAGUUGCGGCAGGAGGCCGAACAACUGCGCAAUCAGAUCAGAGACGCCAGGAAAGCAUGCAGCGACUCCAGCCUGUCCCAGAUUACGGCGGGUCUGGAUUCCGUCGGAAGGAUCCAGAUGAGAACGAGGCGGACCCUCCGCGGCCAUUUAGCCAAGAUCUACGCCAUGCACUGGGGCACUGAUUCCAGGUUACUAGUUAGUGCCUCGCAAGAUGGCAAGCUCAUCGUUUGGGACAGCUACACCACAAACAAGAUUCAUGCCAUUCCAUUAAGGUCAUCAUGGGUGAUGACUUGUGCCUACGCUCCUUCAGGGAAUUAUGUAGCUUGCGGAGGCCUGGACAACAUCUGCUCAAUCUACAGCCUUAAAACCCGCGAGGGCAAUGUCAGAGUCACCAGAGAACUGCCUGGACACACAGGAUAUUUGUCGUGUUGUCGCUUUUUAGAUGAUAGUCAGAUAGUCACCAGCUCUGGUGAUACGACAUGUGCUCUGUGGGAUAUUGAGACCGGUCAGCAGACGACCACAUUCACAGGGCACAGCGGAGAUGUGAUGAGCCUGUCCCUCAGUCCAGACUCCAAGACCUUUGUAUCGGGCGCCUGCGACGCGUCCUCCAAACUGUGGGACAUUCGAGAUGGAAUGUGCAGGCAGUCUUUCACCGGCCACGUGUCUGAUAUAAAUGCUGUCUGUUUCUUCCCAAAUGGUAACGCGUUCACCACGGGCUCAGAUGACGCCACUUGUCGUUUGUUUGACCUUCGCGCAGACCAGGAACUGAUGAUGUACUCUCACGAUAACAUAAUCUGCGGCAUUACCUCCGUGGCCUUCUCCAAAAGUGGACGACUGCUGCUCGCCGGCUACGAUGACUUCAACUGCAACGUGUGGGACAUGCUGAAGGGAGAGCGCGCAGGCGUUCUAGCUGGGCAUGACAACAGGGUCAGCUGUUUGGGGGUGACCAGUGAUGGCAUGGCAGUGGCCACCGGUUCUUGGGACAGUUUCCUAAGGAUAUGGAACUAACCUCAAUGGACGGGACUCUUUCUGAUCUCACAGUCACUGUAGUGCUGCCACACAUAACCUCUCCUGCUCCUCACCUGUUUUGUUUUGUUUUUUUCUCCAUCUUCUCUCUUUCUGAAGUCACACUACCCCACAAUCCUUACAUUCAGCAUUGAGGAGCCUCCACAGGGUUUCUUUGUCUCUGGCUUUUUCACGAGGCGGCGGACAGACUGUGUGUUCUGUAUAUAUCAGUGUUUGGAUGUUCUGAUGUGCGGAUACUCAAAAUGGGUGUCCGUAUUUUCUUUUCUCUGCUUACAAUAUGUUUUACUUCAUUCCCCAGUCACACAGUUCCACACCCAUUGACCAAUGCAGUAAUCUAAAAGACGAGGCUGCCGUUGUAUUAUAGGCCAUCAGUGUUUGACCUUUGACCUUAAGUUUGGUCUGCUUCUUCAGCUAGUGUUGCUCUGGUUCUAUCUUUGGUUCUGGCUUUGGUUGGUAGAGUGUAGUUGUGAGAGGAAACCCUGAUGUCGUUGGGGUUGUUCUUGUCAUCCUUCAAGCCUGACAGUAACAUUUGGUAUGUUUUAGACUGCAUACACUGUCAGCCUGUCUUUACUACCACUAGAUAAACUGCUUUCUGUACUGAUCCAGCUGGAGGUUUGUGAUACUUUUAUGUUAAUCAGGACGAUUCAGCCACAAGUGAGUUUUCAUUAUUCAACCUCCAUGUUUCAUACAUGUAUGAGUUCAUUUCUUUUGAGGAAGGCCAUGCUGUGCUGUGUUUUCCAAGCACUCACCUUAAAUGGCUACUUGUGCAUUUACAAUUCAAAAAGGAGACAAAAACACCAUAAAACAUGCGUAACUGGUCCAGAUAAUGUUUGCUUAGUCUUCUGAAUGGAGCUGUGGUGAAGUCAUUCGAGAAAUUGAUUGGGUUUUUCAAAAUCCAUCUCUAUUCUUUCUCAAAUCAAUUCUGAGCUUAGUUUUUCUGUAUGUUUUACAAACAGCUGUGCCCUGCUUGCAUCGAAUUCCUUACAAAUACCGCUUGAACCUAAAAUAAUCAUUAAUAAAGUUAGGAAAGGUUUAAGUGAAGUAUAAGGGUUUAUAGUGAGCUUCGUUUACAUUAAUCUUCCGACAUAAAAGAAGCCUUACAUGACAAGUGCAUUUCCUUGUGAACAAUGUACGGUUAAAAACUAGCAAAGAGUGUGGUCUGUGGUUCAACACUAUCUUAGUGUCGUCUGAUGUUAAAAACUAUUCUACAGUGUUAUCUGCUCUUAAAAACUUGCUUAGGGCACCAUCUUCUGUUAAAAAGUAGCCUAAAGCACCAUCUGCUGUUAAAAACUAGCCUUUUGCACCUAGCUUAGAGUGCAAUCUGUGGUUAAAAACUAGUCUAGAGCACCUUCAGCUGUAAAAGAAACUAGCCUAGAGCAUUCACUGCUGUUAAAAACUAGCCUACAAUGCCAUCUGCUGUUAAAAAAAACAGCCUAAAGCACCAUCUGCUGUUAAAAACUAGCCUAUAGCACCUAGCUGCAGUCUGGGUUGAGCACUUUCAGCCUUAAAAAAAAACUAGCCUAAAGUGCCAUCUGCUGUUAAAAACUAGCCUACAUCUUCAUCUGUGGUUAAAACCUAGCCUACAGCGCCGUCAGCCAUACUAAAUUAGCAUAGAGCGACACCUGCUGCUAAAAACUAGUCUACAACACCACCUGCUGUUAAAAACUAGCAUAGAUCACCAUCUGCUGUUAAAACCUAGCCUAGAGUGCCAUCAGCCAUAAGAAAACUAGCCUAGAGCGCUAUCUGCGGUUAAACUAACCUACAAUGUCAUCUGCGGUUUAAACCUAGCCUAGAGCGCUGUCAGCUAUUAAAAACUAGACUAGAGUGACAUCUGCUGUUAAAAACUAGCCUAUAGCAUCUAGCUUAGAGUGUAGUUUGGGUUAAAAACUAGCCUAGAUCGCCAUCUGCUGUUAAAAAGUAGUGUACAAUGCCAUCUGUGGUUAAAACCUAGCCUAGAGCGCCGUCAGCCAUAAGAAACUAGCCUAGAGCUACAUCUGUUGUUAAACUACCCUACAGCACCAUCUGCUGUUAAAAACUAGCCUACAGCACCAUCUGCUUUUAAAAACUAGCCUACAGCGCCAUCUGCUGUUAAAACUUGCCUAUAGCACCAUCUGCUGUUAAAAACGAGCCUACAGCAGCAUCAGCUGUUGAAAACUACCUUAUAGCGCCAUCUGCUGUUAAAAACUAGCUUAGAGCGCCAUCUGAUGUUAAAAAUUAGCCUACAUGCCAUCUGCUGUUAAAAACUAGCCUAGAGCGCCAUCUGCUGUUAAAAACUAGCUUAGAGAGCCAUCUGAUGUUAAAAAUUAGCCUACAUGCCAUCUGCUGUUAAAAACUAGCCUAGUGCGCCAUCUGCUGUUAAAAACUAGCCUAGAGCGCCAUCUGCUGUUAAAAACUAGCCUAGAGCACCAUCCGCUGUUAAAAGCUAGCCUAGAUCAUCAUCCGCAGUUGAAAACUAACCUAGAGCGCCAUCCGCUGUUAAAAACUAGCCUAGAUCACCAUCCGCUGUUAAAAACUAGCCUAAAGCGCCAUCUGCUGUUAAAAACUAGCCUUGUAGCGCCAUCUGCUGUUAAAAGCUAGCCUAGAUCAUCAUCCGCAGUUAAAAACUAACCUAGAGCGCCAUCCGCUGUUAAAAACUAGCCUAGAUCACCAUCCGCUGUUAAAAACUAGCCUAGAUCACCAUCCGCUGUUAAAAACUAGCCUAGAGCGCCAUCCGCUGUUAAAAACUAGCCUAGAGCGCCAUCCGCUGUUAAAAACUAGCCUAGAGCGCCAUCCGCUGUUAAAAACUAGCCUAGAGCGCCAUCCGCUGUUAAAAACUAGCCUAGAGCGCCAUCCGCUGUUAAAAACUAGCCUAGAGCGCCAUCCGCUGUUAAAAACUAGCCUAGAGCGCCAUCCGCUGUUAAAAACUAGCCUAGAGCACCAUCCGCUGUUAAAAACUAGCCUAGAGAGCCAUCCGCUGUUAAAAACUAGCCUAGAGAGCCAUCCGCUGUUAAAAACUAGCAUAGAUCACCAUCCGCUGUUAAAAACUAGCUUAGAGCGCCAUCUGCUGUUAAAAAUAAGCCUACAUGCCAUCUGCUGUUAAAAACUAGCACAGAUCACCAUCCGCUGUUAAAAACUAGCCUAGAUCACCAUCCGCUGUUUAAAAACUAGCCUAGAGCGCCAUCCGCUGUUAAAAACUAGCCUAGAGCGCCAUCCGCUGUUAAAAACUAGCCUAGAUCACCAUCCGCUGUUUAAAAACUAGCCUAGAUCGCCAUCUGCUGUAAAAACGAAGUGCGAAAUCGAAUAGAGAACAGCGAUGUAUUUUGUAAAUCAUGCCAUUUCUUUCACCACAGCUCUACUAUUGUAGAUAUAUAAGAAACUGAGUAAGAAUCCGUCUGGAAGUGGGACCGUCCUAAUGCACAUUCACUGUUUAGUAGUAAAUAGUAAUGCACAGAUGAUGUUAAGUGUAAAUGCAUGGCCCAAUUUUAUAAAACUCCUAUGGUGCUUGGAUGUUUGGAAGAGGCACAUAAGAAUCAUAUGGGUGUGUUAUUGAAUAUUUGAGUCUUUAAUUUUAAUCCAAAUACCAGAUAGCAGGCUGGAAGUGCAACCUAGCACCUAUCAAGAGGCCUUGGUUUUGCAAGUCUGAAACUGCCUGCUUAUUUUUUUGUUUUUUUAACACACACACACACACACACACACACACACACACACACACACACACAUGAAAGCCUGCCCAUCUGAGAUGAGGACACAGCCAGGACUGUGUGCUUUUGCACUAGAAAAUAGUCAUGUGAAGCGACACACACUGGUGUUCUGCGUGUAUUUGUAUUAAUGUGCUUCAGCUCUGUGAUAGGUAAUUGUACAAACUUUCAAGAGCUGCACUGUGUAUUUUUCACAAAUUUGAGUAUUGAAGGUACCUGCUUGUUUGUUUGUUUUUUAAAAAAGCCUUAAAAUCAUAUCUCACUUGAACGUCAAUAAUCACCUUAAUUUUGUGCCAAGAAUGAACUGUGGUUUAGUUUAAUGCAUUGAUUUUUAUUUUCAGAUCUAUUAUGAAUCAUGAGUUUUUGGGGACUUUUCGUAAAGCACUUGUGUGAGUGUUUGAUUUGAGACAUGCGGUUAGUAAUGACAUGAAUAGCAAAUGUGGAAGUGAUGCUUCUCUGCUGUUUUGAGUGUUUACAAUAUUUAGAUCAAUGUAUCAAGGUACAUGAAGAACUUUUUAAUAGUGAUGAAGGCAAAAAAAAAGUGUUUUAACCUAAAAUUACAAAUCGAAACCAAAAAUAAAACCAACAUUAUUCAUACGUGGCCUCAUCAGUCUCGUCAAAAUAUAGCCGUUCAGUUCUUUAAUUGAAGGAAUGAUUUAAUGUCAUUGCAAGUUAUGCGAAAUCAUUUUGGUGCACUUACAAUGAAAGUGGAGCAAGGCACUUUUUAGUAGGGAUGUCCCGAUCAGGUGAAACCCGGUGCCAUACUUCUAUAAUACAUAAAAUAUAAUAAAGAAGAGCGCCAUCUUCUGUUAAAAUCUAGCCUAGAACAUCAUCUGCUGUUAAAAACUAGCCUACUACUUCAUCUGCAGUUAAAACCUUGCCUUGAGUGCUGUCAGCCAUGAGAAACUAGCCUAGAGCGACAUCUGCUGUUAAAAACUAGCCUACAUCGCCAUCUGCUGUAAAAAAACUAGCAUUGAUCACCAUUUGCUAGUAAAAACUAGCCUACAUCGCCAUCUGCUGUAAAAAAACUAGCAUAGAUCCCCAUUUGCUAGUAAAAACUAGCCUACAAAGCCAUCUGCUGUAAGUCGGGAUGUCCCGAUCAGGUUUUUUUGCCCUCGAGUCCGAGUCAUUUGAUUUUGAGUAUCUGCUGAUACCAAUACCCGAUCUGAUACUUCUGUAAUAAAAAAAAUAAAGAGCGAUGAAACAGA